AUGGCCGAUGCGAAGAUUGACUCUCAGGAGCGCGACACGUGCCCUGCCGACCGAAAGCCACCGGAAUCAUUCAAGCAACAACUGCAGCAGUUUUCUCACGGCGUUUCAGCCACCGGUCUGCGCUACGUCUUCGACGACGAUGUUUCCAUCUACCGGCGGAUUAUCUGGGGCGUGCUGGUCGCAUGCGGCCUGCUGUAUUCGUUCUACCAGAUCGGCAAGAGCAUUCACGUGUACGCGUCUCGGCCCGUGGCCGUGUCAAUCGACCUCAGCUACAGGGACGAGCUGGAAUUCCCCGUCGUGACCUUCUGCAAUGAGAACGUCAUCAAGAAGAGCGCAAUGCCGCAGCAAGGCUUCGAAGACUACGUGCGGGUUAUCCGGAUGCUGGUCGGCGGCGUUUCUAGUCCACUUGACCGCAACAUGACUGAGAUCGAUGCAUUGCUGGACGGGCUGGACGUGCAGCUUCUGCAGGAGGUCCUGGAGACGGGAAUGUACCACCAGGAUGAAAUAAUGCGGCAGUGUUGGUGGAGAGGUCAGCCAUGUGAGCAGAAAUACGUCACCUCAGUUUACACGGACAUGGGCCUCUGCUUCAGCUUCAAUGCAAAUGGUAGUAGCCCACUGAUUGCCCGAGACACAAGUGGUCACCAGAGUGGCUUGCGAUUGCUGCUCGACGCUCAACAACAUGAGUAUGUGGCGAGCAGAGAGGGUACCGUAGGAUUUAGGGUGAUGUUACAUAGUCCAUAUGAGACUCCCGUGCUGCAGGCUAGAGGGUUCAAGGUUGGGCCAGGAAUGCACAUCUUGACGAGUGUAUCAAAGUCUGUUACGCACCGGCUCGGAAGUCCUUACAGCCAGUGCCGCCAGGUGGCAGGAGAUGCGAGUGAGCAUUACUCUUACUACGCCUGUCUACAGGAGUGCGAGAAUGCGUUCGUGGAAGGAGUCUGCGGCUGCCACAAUCUGCAAGGCCGCAACGUCGCGCGCGUCUGCACGGAGAAGACGGAACUGCAGUGUCUGAUGCGGCUGAUGCAAGUUUCUAGCGCUUUCGAUAGACGGCACUGCAAGUGCCCCACGCAGUGCAGGGACAUCGACUACACGCCGUCGACAUCGUUCUCGCCCUUCGCCAACUAUCUAUCAGCGAUGAUGAUCAACGCGACGGCAGACUACGUCACAAACAACCUGCUGCUGCUCGAUAUCUACUUCACCGAGCUUGAGGAGAACGUGAUCACGUCCGUGCCCGCGUACACGUUUGUGGCGCUAAUGGCGGACAUCGGUGGCUCGCUGAGUCUGUUCCUCGGCAGUGGUCUAUUCACGAUAUUUGAAGUGGUCGAUUUCGCCAUCGUCGCAGCAAACAAAAAACGCGUCGCGAGGAAUGGCGAAUGCACCGAUCCGGAGCAGACAGCUAUGAAGUCAACUAAACGAUAGAAAUCGCUAUAUAUCUAUAAAUCUAUCUAUCUAUCUAUCUAUCUAUCUAUCUAUCUAUC